CGGUAGAAUAGACACUAAAGUAAAAUACAUUCACCCACCUCCUCUCUUCUCUUCUUUAUAACCCCAACUCCCCUUAACCCCCACACUUCACUCCUCAUACAACACCACCAAAACUAAAAAAUAAAAAAAAUACCAAUGGACUUGAUAGACAUCCUCCUACUCUGCUUCUCCGCCCUAUUCCUCCGCCUGUGGUGGCGGUACUGGUCCGCCACCACAAGCGGAAAACCAAAAAAUUUACCACCAGGGCCACCAGGGUGGCCCCUGGUGGGAAACCUAUUCCAAGUCGUCCUCCACCGCCGCCCUUUCAUCUUCAUGGUGCGCGACUUACGCGCCAAAUACGGCCCGAUCUUCACCAUGAAGAUGGGCCAGAGAACCCUAGUCAUCGUGACAAACUCCGACCUCAUCCACGAGGCCCUCGUCAAAAAGGGCGAGCUCUUCGCGAGCCGCCCUCCCGACUCCCCCAUCCGCCUCAUCUUCAGCAUGGGCAAAUGCGCCAUCAACUCGGCCGAGUACGGCCCCCUCUGGCGCUCCCUCCGCCGCAACUUUGUGACGGAGCUCAUCAACCCGGCCCGGGUGAAGCAGUGCAGCUGGAUCCGCAACUGGGCCGUGGAGGCCCACAUGAAGCGGCUCGAGGAGGAGUCCGCCCGGGCCGGCCACGUGGAGGUGAUGAGGCACUGCCGGCUGACCAUGUGCAGCAUCCUCAUCUGCCUCUGCUUCGGCGUCAAAGUCUCAGACGUCCGCAUCCGCCUCAUCGAGGCCGUGCUCAAGGACGUCAUGAUGAUGACGACGCCGAAGCUCCCGGACUUCCUCCCGCUGCUGACGCCGCUGUUCCGGCGCCAGGUGAGGGCCGCGCGGGAGCUGCGGCGUCAGCAGCUGGAGUGCCUGGUCCCGCUCAUCCGGGACCGGAGGGCUUUCGUGGAGAGCGGCGAGAAUGCGGCGGAGAUGGCGAGCCCCAAGGGGGCCGCGUAUAUCGACUCGCUGUUCGGGUUAGAGGUGCCCGGGCGGGGGAGGCUCGGGGAGGAGGAGAUGGUGACGCUGUGCUCGGAGGCGAUUAACGCCGGCACCGACACCAGCGCCACGACCCUGGAGUGGGCCCUACUCCAUCUGGUUCAGAAUCAGGAAAUACAGGAGAGGCUUUAUAAGGAGAUUGUGGGCUGCGUUGGGAAAAAUGGAGUUGUGAAUGAAGCUGAUGUUGAGAAAAUGCCUUAUCUUGGUGCCAUUGUGAAGGAAACGUUUCGGCGUCAUCCGCCUAGCCAUUUUCUGCUUUCUCAUGCAGUGACGAAGGAAAUGGAGCUGGGCGGGUACACGAUCCCGGCAGACGUGAACGUGGAGAUCUACACGGCGUGGCUGACGGAGGACCCGGAGAUGUGGGAGAACCCAAGUGAAUUCCGGCCGGAGAGGUUUCUAACGGGGGAGGGAGUGGAGGUGGACAUAACGGGGAUGCGGGGGGUGAAGAUGCUGCCAUUCGGGGCGGGUAGGAGGAUCUGCCCGGCGUGGAGCCUGGGGACGCUCCAUGUAAACCUGCUGCUGGCGAGGAUGGUCCAUGCCUUCAAGUGGAUCCCCAUUCCGGAUAACCCGCCUGACCCGGCGGAGACUUUCGCAUUUACUGUGGUCAUGAAGGAUCCGCUCAAAGCAAUAAUUCUGGCCCGGACAAAGAUUUGAAUUCGUGAUGCCACGUCAACCGGAUCUCCAUCUCUUUGAUUGCUACUUGCUUUUUAUUUCUUCUUUUUUGUUUUUUUGCUCUAUCAGUGUUUGGUAGCUACCGUGGGGUGUAUGAUUUUUGUGUAGGAAAAUGUUUUGAAUCUCCUCUAUAUUAACUUAAAUUAUAUUAUAAUAUUUCCGUUCUAUAUGUC